UGAGAAAAGGGAGAUGUGGAUGAGAAAGAACCAAAAGCCAAUUAAGGCACACAGACACAGAAACCCCCAAUUGGUGAUGUGAUUAUUCUCUCUCGGAAAUCUCAACGCAUCAACCGACUUUCGAGAGUUUUAUUACCACCAGUGAUCAAUUUCUGGUGACGGAUCGUUCGACGGCCGUUUUUUGUCGUUAUUGUUAUUGAUAUUUACCUUACCGAUGGUAAUCACCGGACACGACGACGCUACAGGUUCAUCGGAGUACGAUUACAUUAGGAGACACCAUAAGCAUGAGGUUAGAGACAAUCAGUGCACUUCAUCUCUCGUUAAACACAUCAAAGCGCCUGUUCACCUUGUAUGGUCUUUGGUUCGGAGGUUUGACCAACCACAGAAGUACAAACCGUUUGUUAGUGGAUGCAAUGUUCAAGGUGAGCUUGAAAUUGGAAGUGUGAGAGAAGUGAAUGUCCGAUCUGGACUUCCUGCAACCACAAGUAUGGAAAGGUUGGAGCUUCUGAAUGAAGAAGAGCAUAUCUUGGGGAUGAGAAUAGUUGGUGGUGAUCACAGGCUUCGGAACUACUCAUCAAUCAUUACACUUCAUCCGGAGAUUAUAGAGGGGAGGCCAGGGACAUUGGUGAUUGAGUCAUUUGUAGUGGACGUGCCAGAUGGCAACACCAAGGAUGAGACAUGUUACUUUGUGGAGGCUUUGAUCAAAUGCAAUCUUAAGUCAUUGGCUGAUGUGUCAGAACGAUUGGCUGUGCAAGACCGAACAGAGUCCAUAGUUGGAGCAUGAUGAAUGAAUGAGAGAUGGGAGCCGAGGUUAGUAGUUGCCAUCUUCAUCUUCAUCUUCAUCUUCAUCCUCAUCCUCAUCUUCAUCUUCUUUGUGCAUAUAGCAUUAGACUUUGUUCCUAAGUGGAUUUAAACAAAAAAAAAAAAAAAAAAAAAACUAUGACUGAUUGUGUUUCGUAAAAAUCUUAUUCCUCUUUGUGAACUAUAUGUUUGAACCUCAUUCUCUAUAUCUCUUUAGUCUUUGUCCUCCUCCAUCGUCCUAUUGUGAAUAUGAAUAAGUAGAAUAGGAAAUUUUGAAAAUCCCCUUUUUGUAAAGAAUGUUGAAAUGUAGUGGUAUUAUCAUAUGUCAUAUAUAAUAAUGACUAUGUGGUCUA